AUGGGGAAGAGGGGACGUGUUGGUGGCUUCCUGCUGCUGGUGUCGGCUCUAGCACUGGGCUAUACAUUCUGGGGAGAGCUCCAGAGCGCACGCGAGAUGCUGCAGCUUACGUACGAACACCGUUCGCUCAGCGCAGACCGCGAUGCGCCCCUCAAGAGCGUCACCGUGUACCGCAACGGAUACUCGACUGGUGGUGUACAGAUGCAGCUUAGCGCUGAGCUACUAGCUUCUCGCACAGGUGAGGGAGAUCUAGCGGCGUACUUAUCGCAGUUCAUAGCGGUGGAAGGGCUCCACGAGUCCGUCGCGCACGAGUCUGAGGAUGCCGACGAGAGCAAUGAGAAGGAGUAUGACGUGCCCGGCGUUAUGGCAGGCCGCGUUUUCAAUGGCCGAGGAGAGUUGCUGCAGAGCUACGCGGAUAUUCUGUCGGGCGAUCGACUGUACCUCGUUGCUCCCGAGCUGCAUUUCGUUUGGCCCUUUGUAGAGCUUGGCCAUCGUGUGACGGUGACGUCAAAGGCCAGUCCGACCAAGGAGCCGGUGAUCAUCGAGUCCAUUUCGGAGUCCCCACGGACAUUCCGUCUGCACAACUUUUUCAGUGGAGAGGAGGCAGACAAGCUGAUCAAGCGCACACUGGAGAUUGAUGACCCGAGCAACAAGCUCCAGCAGUCGACCGUGGGGGCGAAUGACAACAAAAACAAGAAGAAGAAGUCCAAACAUCGCACAAGCGAGAACGCCUUCGACACGGUCUCGGAGGCUGCGGUAGACAUCCGUAAGCGUGUAUUCGAUGUGCUUUCGCUUGGAGAGUUCCAAGCGGACAUGGCUGAUGGACUGCAGCUUCUACGAUACCAGCAGAAGCAGGCGUACAUUGCUCAUGAGGAUUACUUCCCGGUCGGCGCUGCAAAAGACUUUAACUUUGACCCACACAAGGGAGGCUCCAACCGUUUUGCUACUGUCUUCCUGUAUCUUUCCGAUGUUCCGCGUGGUGGCCAGACUGUGUUUCCACUGGCGGAGAUGCCUGAAGGUCUACCGACCGAAUAUCAGCACCCACCUAAUUCAGCUCAGGACUACGAGGCCAUCGGAGCGGAACUGUUUGAACCAGGCAGUUGGGAAAUGGACAUGGUGCGGAAAUGCUCGACAAAGCUGGCGUCGUACCCCUCAAAAGGUGGCGCCGUGUUGUUCUACAGCCAGAAGCCGAAUGGUGAACUGGACCCCAAGUCACUUCAUGGAGGCUGCCCCGUGCUCGAAGGCACGAAAUGGGGUGCGAACCUUUGGGUCUGGAACAGACGUCGACAUGGUCUGGAUUCCGACGAUACUUCAUGCACUGUGACCUUCACGAAUCCAACGUCGCGCGAGGUGGGUCUGUAUUGGUCUGGUACGCUUAUGACCACGCUUGCAGCCAACGGUGGCAGCAUUGAGUACAACUCAUUCACGGGGCAUCGGUGGGAAAUAAAGGAUGGAGAAAAAGUCCUGCUGGAGUACCUGGUCGAUGCGGAAGAUGGCGAGCAGCAGUCUGUUUCUGUCCCGCUAGCUAAAGGGGCCGCCGCCGCACUACCGAAGGCUAGCACCGCUGCCAAGGCCAACGAUAGAGUCAAGUCGAAGGACGAACUGUAA